AAGUAGCGUUUAAGAAAAUGUCCACUUUUAAGCGUUCACCAUUCAAUAAGCAGUCGAAUCGCAUUUUCGAUAUACAUCAGCAUCAGAUAAGGCGUAAAAAAUUGGUGGAAUCACCGACAGCUCAGCCUUAUAAUAAUCGCGAUACGAACGCACAGCAUCAACACAAAGUUUCACGCAUUCGACAGUUGGCCACUUUUUCGCCAGUGCGCCAUUGGUUUUUGGAGAAUCUUCGUAAUUAUUGUAACAGCACAUCGUUGCAUGGCUUUAAUUAUAUCACACUCAAGGGCUCCACGGCGAAUGAGCGUUAUUUUUGGAUUAUUAUUGUUAUUAUAUCGAUUAUCGUUUCGAUUGUAUUGGUGAUCGUCUCGUGGAAUUGGAAUCGUGCAACGCCCACCGUCACAGUGAUUGAAAGUGCACAUUUUCCCACUUGGAAUAUACCAUUCCCAGCGGUAACCAUUUGCAAUUUCAAUAAAAUAUCUAAAGUAAAGGCUAUGACUUUGGCUCGCACAUUUAAACGUCCGGCAAAUGUUUCUGAAGAAAAACUUCUAAAUCUUUUUCGCAUAACAAUGUUCUUCAAUUUCGCAUUAAAUCAUACGGAAGAGGAUUUCCGUCUUUUCGAAAACAUUCUUACCACCAAUAACUAUACAAUUACCCAAUUAAGUAAUGAACUCACGCCUGAUUGCCUGGAAAUGAUGUCGAAAUGUGUGUGGAAAGGCACUAGGUCGCGUUGCGAGAGUCUCUUUCAGCCUGUUCAAGCCAUGGAGGGCGUUUGCUGCUCGUUUAACUAUUAUGGACGCCCGACGAAUAAUUUUCCAAAAAAAAUUGCUUAUCAAAUACCGAAACGUCCCUACCGUGUCACCGGCUGUGGUUAUGCCACCGGCAUCAGUGUCGUACUCAAUCCCAUCAUAAAAGACUACUUCGGCACCUAUUUGAGCAGUUAUGGCUUUCGUAUGCUAAUUCACGAUGCGUACAAUUUUCCAGACGAAAAUGCCGAAACCAAGGUAGUCACUUCGGGACGUGAAAGUUUCGUACGCAUAAAUCCUGAAUCCACAUAUGCCACAAACGAUGUUAGGAAAAUGGAUAUAGAAUUACGUGGUUGCUUAUUUUCUGACGAACGGAAAUUAUGGUCUAUGAAACGCUACUCAUUCAUCAAUUGCAUGUCUGAGUGUCGUACACAAAUUCUGUACGAUAAUUGUGGUUGCAUACCGUUGAGUUUAGCGAACAAUGGCAGCUUUCGGACUUGUGAUUUGAGGGAGAUGGACUGCGUCAUGAAGAUGAGAGAUAUUUUCUCAUGGGCAUUGCCUACCGUAAACAGAACUGUAUCGCUUGUUCAAAAUACUCACAAAUUUCCAUGUGAUUGCUUACCGGACUGCCAAUUUAACGGCUAUCCAUCAGAAAUAACUAUGGGUCUAUUGGAUAUGAAUUUGCUGUCCGCCAAAAAUCCUGUAAAUAAAACUGUGGAAACGGAUGAACAAAUUCUGUUACACGUUUUCUUCAGCGAUUUGAUGGCUAAGCGUUAUCGCAUGGAUAUAUUCCAGGAUUGGUUGUCGUCACUUGCUUCUUUUGGCGGACUUUUGGGAUUGAUAAUGGGCUUUAGCAUAGUGACUGCUUUCGAAUUUCUCUACUUUCUUACAUUUCGGCCGAUUUUUAACUACUUUAAUGAUAGCUAAAUAUUUUACUAAAAAAUAAUUUUUGA